GACAAACAUGGAUGGAUAAGCAACCUCGCGAACUAUCUACAACAUUCUGGUAUAGUCGCUUGAAUGGAAAUCCUGAGAUCUUACUCACAUCCGUAUUGCGUUAUGAUGUCUAUAAAAGUGUGGAGUGCGGCUCCUCUACAGCUCAUCAUCAAUUCAAAAGACCAGCAUCUCUAGAUCUAGCAUCUACAAUCACCAUAGCAUCCAAUCAUCAGCCUUUCCACUACCAUAUCUGAACCAACAAAUUUAUCUUUUAAGUCAAUCCUACCAGAAAUGGCGUUCGUACUUACACCAACCUUUGCGCCGGCCUACCAGACGCAUCAGUACAGCCCUCUCGGCUUCUGCAGUCCAGCAGCACGAUCACCAUAUGCCUGCCGAGUUGCCCGUCCCCAACCUCGCCGCCCACAAUACUCGCCAUACGGCAAUUUCUUCAGUCAAGUCAAUGACCUAUUGAGCGAGAUUGACCGCGAAGCACAACGCCAGGCACAGCUCGAGGCUCAUCGCGAGGCACAACGUGAGGCCCACCGCCAAAGGCAACUCCAACGAAAGCGCGCACUUCGCGCCAAGUUCGAUGUCAAGCCCAUUGAGCAAGGCUGGUCGGUAGAGGGAGACAUCCAGGGCUUUGGUCCAGAAAACAUCUCCAUCGAAGUUACCGACGAACACACCCUGAAGAUCGCCGGAAACACCCACUGGCAACUGGAAAAGGCACAGUCCAAGCCAGCACUACCUCAGAUCGAAGACAAGGCUGAACCCGCAUCUGCGCCUGCCAUUGAGCAACCCGCCGAACAGACUUCUGAGGUGUCACAUGCCGAGGAGGUCGACACCACCUCGGAAGCUGAGAGCACAACAGCUGGCGUCGCAACACCAGAUAGUGACACCCAAUCCCACAAGUCCUACCAAGCUACCGUCGAAGACGACUUUGAAGACCUCGGCGAUGAAUUCUCAUCUUUGUCCCGUCCCUCAACUCCUGUCGAACCAAAGGAGCCAAAGGGCAAAGAGAAGGCCGUCGAAGAGCCUACUUCUACUGAAACCGCAGUAGUCACUCAACCACAACCCGAGGCACCAGUUCUUGCGCCACAAUCUCAACCCGAACAACAACUCGAACAAGAAGAGCGCAUCCACGGAUCUUUCACUCGCUCUUUCAGAUUCCCCACUCGCAUCGAUGUGGCGAAGGUGAGCGCAAGUUUCAAGGACGGAGUGUUGAGAGUACAGGUGCCUAGGGUGCAAGCACCAACUGUUAGGAGAAUUGCUAUUCUAUAGCGAUAUGGCUAGUAUGAAGAUUUCAUCAGUAUUUGCAUCUGAAUAUUGGAGCAUAUGCAUGGAGCUGAGAUUUAAAGGUUAUGCAAUGAUUCGAGAUUUAAUGCUGGGUUUAUUAUAUAGUUAGCAGUCGAAUGAACUAAAUCAUAUUCUGCU